AUGCUGUUUAAUCCCCAGCUCUCCCUGGAGAGCAGCAUCCUGACGUGGUUCCCUGAGGCGGGGGAGGUGAGCGUGACGGUGCAGGCCUCCAACGGCCGCUCCAUGGUGCAGGACUCCCGGAGCGUCAGGGUCUACGACAUCUUCCAGGUCAUCCCGCUGAGCUUCAGCCCCAACCUGGACGGCCUCAACCCCAACAUCCCCGAGUGGAGAGAGGACAUCGGCCAGGUGGUCACCAAGCUGCUCACCAAGAUCACAGGCAUCCCAGAGGAGUCGCUGGUCACCAUGGUGAAGCCAGGACUGCCCACCACAGCCAACCUGUACAUCGUACCGCUGGAGAGCAAGCCAGUCACCAAGAGUGUGUUUGUAGAUAAGAGAAUCCCAGCCAUCAUCCAGGCGUUCAGCGACCACAACGUCAGCUUCGUGGUGCGUGGAGGGGUCAAGGUUCUGGUGAUGCUGGCCGACCCAAACGCAGGACUCGGCCUAGUUGCUAGUGAGUCACCAGACACCACGACGGAGAAUGGUUACCACGGGGCCGCUGGGGGCCCGGGGGUUUGGGCCCUGGCCGUCGUCCUGCUGAUCAGCCUCCUGGCCUCAGGGUCGUUCAUCCUGUACAAGUUCAAAAGUCCUUGGCUGAGGACUGAGGACGCCUACCCUCCGCUGUUUUUCAGGAAGCUGCCGGGCAGCCGCAACGUGUACGCCCAGAUGCACAACGAGAAGGAGCAGGAGAUGACCAGCCCCGUGAACCACAGCGAGGACACGCAGCACAUCAUCCAGGGGGAGGAGUUCAUCGACGACGACCUGGACGCCCAGACGCUAGGCAAUCAUUCGGGCGUGGUCCUGAGCGUAAACUCCAGAGAACUGCACAGCUACCUGACCAGCUGAUGGCUGCCACGGCAGUGUGCUAACCGAGCUACGUUAGCCUAGCCUAGCCGGCUAAUGAGCACAGAGACUUCCACACUCUGCCUUCCUCUUUUUAAUGGCCCACAAUGCACCCCGGGAGGCGGGGAGGGGUUCUUCCUUGCUCUACGUCCCACCCAAUCACAGCUUGACUCACACAUUCACCCACAGAGCACUUCUAGUAAUCUCGUAGUGCCGCUUUGCUAGCAGAGCCUAGCAUUAGUUUCACACCAUUCCCUGUUCUCCGCACCCUCGUCUCUCUCCUUCAGCAGCGGUGGUUGAGGUUAGAGGCGGGGAUUGAAGGAAAUGCACUUCUAUGCUUCUGUCUUUUAGCUGCGUCUUUGUCGAGGGCCUUGCGGGCACACACACAUGAACACACGUUAUCCUUAGUCACUGUUACCAUAGAUCCCGAAUCACUAUCACAGGUAAUGGACUUCAGGAUUCUGUCCAUGGCAGACUACAAAGUCAAAGCCACACCAAGUAGAUGUGGCCAAAGAUUAGCAUGGCCAGCUUCUGUCCCCGGCGAUUUUGCUGUCGCACAAAAGUUGUAGUGUAUUUUACGUUUUUAACGACUUUACCAGGAUUUUCGUUCUAUUUUUCAUACUAUUCUUACACACUUUCAAGCUCAUUAUGUACAUUUUCGUGUCACUGUCGUUCUGUCUCCUGAAAUGACUGUGUACUCUCACUGUUUUAAGGCAAUAAUAUUCUUUCUGAAAGAAAGAAAGAAAGAAGGAGAAAUACAUUUUGUUAAAUGUUUUGAGGUUUUCAUGAGUUUCAAGACGGAGAAAGUAGGGUAGCAACUAAGUCAGAGCUAAAUAAGCAGAACUUGACAGGGGGAAAGGAUUAUUUACAACAAGUAUCCAACCGUAAGUUUAGCCACACUGCUAAGAGAUAGACAUCAUUUUGUAGUUUUGUGUGUAACCGUGUGUGCGUGUCGAUAUCAAGAACUAGUCUGGAAUCAUAUUUAAAGAUUUUUGUCUGUUUGUAGUUCAUCUUUUUUAUUUAAACACAAGUCAGAUCUCAAACCAAUCGAAAAAUGUAAAAACUCGAACUCGAAAAAACUUUUGACAACAUCACAGGUUAAUUAACACAUCCAGACUAUCCCUUAUAAAGUUAAUUUGGCAUGGUUGAGAGCUGCCAUUCAUUCUACAACAUAAACGUUGGUCCCAUGGUGCCUAAAAAGGCGGAUUUUGAAUCUGCCCCAAGACAUAACCUGUGCUCGUUUCGUAUUUAUUCCUUCAUUAAACCAUAUGACCCGUCUGCCCCCACAGUAACUUGUCAGGAGUUCAAAGGUAUACUGGUUCCCCAGGAGUCGAGGAUUGGUGUCUCCGAAGAGGCGUGGUUGGGAUUUACACUGUAUAAGCCUAUAUUAGGCAUUGUCAGGGCGGCAAUCUUGUCUCCGUAAGGAUUAGAUUUUCUUGUGUGUGUAUGUGGGUGUGUGUGUACAUAAAUAUGUAAAUAGAACAAUCUUCAAUUGUAAAUAUAACUCCCUUGAUGUGUGACUAUUUUUCACUAAUACCAAAAUGCUUUUUUUGUUUGCAUCGUUUGCUUUUCUGCGUAAUCUCGCAUCGAUCCGAACAACUUUUCAAACUCUGCAAAGAGGUUUGGGGACAUUUUCGACAAGAACUUUUAAUUGUCACAUUUGAGGAAACAGAUAUCUGUCAUUGGUCAGUUCAAGUGUAUUGACAACUCACUGUGUCUCAGCUCCUUUCCUGUUCAACUUUCAAUGUAGAAUUCUGACUGGAGUAUAUUAGGAUUCUCACUUGAAGUAGCUCUUCGUUGAAUCAGAGCGUGGCGAAUCUUUCACUUAGCUGACACGGUUAUUUCAACGUGGUUGCCUGCUUUACACAUGUUUUUAUUUCAGCAUAAUAUGUCCAAGAAAAUGUCUUGGAUUGUCAACUGCUUUUUAUUGUGGUUCAUCAAGUUUUAUCAUCACUAUACAUCUAUAGUCACAUACACACAGUGAUAUCCAGUUACACAAAUAUUUUUGAUACACAACUGUCAAAUGCCUUUUUUUUUUCUUAUGUCUUUUACAGAAGUUUAACGUCUGUUGGUUUGUUUGCACUAAUUAUAUAAUCUGUGAUGUAUUGAAGGUGUAUUAUAUAUUUUGGCUGCAAAAAAGCUGCCACUACAAAUCCAGGCAAUAACGGUACAGGACCAUAAUGGUGAUCGACUCAAAGGCUGCAUUCCAAUACUCUGUUACCUUUCUUCCCAAAAUGUCAAGAUGCUCUCAAAUGACGGAGAAGCUGCCUAAAGCUACUGACGAGUCUUCCUUGGACCAAAGUUCCUUGACUGCGUCCUUAGACAUACUGUUUACUGAUGUAAGUUAUUUUAGUCUAUGCUUCUUUUGAUGACAUGUUUCAAGCUAAAAACAAUUAUGAAUUGUUUCUUCUCCACAUAGUGGACAACACAGUAUAUGGUUUUAUGAGUUUGUAGAUAAGUUAAAUACUACAAUCAUGGCUUCCUUGCCAUUUGCACCAAAGCCAAAACAGACCAAAGGUUUACCUGGGUCAAUUAGAACCUGUGGGUGUGGCUUAUUUACCAUUCCGCCCACUUCCAGUGAAUGUUGUGGUUGGGCCCAGAUCACCAACAAGUAGAUUCCACACUGGCACUUUACUCCAGCACGAUUAAUCAACGCUAAUGCUUUGUCUCCCUAAAGGUGUGAUAAACAAGCAAAAGGAAGUUGGAUUUUUUGGAAUGCAGCCAUAGUCGAUAGAGGUGAACAUCUUGACGCAUUAUUAGGGCCAUGCUGUACUUCACUGUUCAUUGUGCACCUGAGAAAACAAACAACAGAUCACUCGUGUUUCACAUCGUGUUGAACAUAUUUUGUACAUAUUCUGCUGUUGGUUGGCUUCGUGGUGUCGUAUGUUGUUAGGACAUCAGUCCAGCAAGGCCACACCAGGGGGGUGGCGCAGUGGGGGUAUAACAGCAUCCCGAUGUUGGCUUUUUUUGACCUCGCCACUGAUGCUACAAAAUUUGACCAACCCCUUUUUUGAUUUUAUUUUCGUUUUGCUUUUUAUAUUGCUUUACUUUUGUUUUUGUUGUUUUUGUUUUGUUUUUUGAUUGAAGGAAGUGUUGUGCACUUAACCUGCAUUCCGGAAUUAAAUCACUCCCACAACUUCAUGUCUAUGAUCGCUUUUCUACCACAAAUAACCAUUUCAUUGUAUGAUGAAAUGACAUU